AUGCCUCCUCAAGAAGUUAUCGACCCGACUAUAGAAGGUCCACAGUUAUUCCGACGAGAAGAAAUAACAAAGCUAGUAAACUGGCGUGACGAAAAAGAAAAAGUUAAACGAAAAAACGCACGACAAAAAAACUUUUCGGAAACACCCUGGUAUAUAAUUGUAGAUAAUAAAGUUUAUGACAUUCGAGAAUUCGUGAAAGAACAUCCGGGUGGUGCAGUUAUUUUAACGCAUAUUGGCAAAGACGCCACAGACGCGUUUUACAACUUUCAUCCUGAGAGUGCGUUUGAGAUAUUGUCUAAUUUUUACGUUGGAGAUCUUGAUCCCACUGAUUUUUCUAUCGUAGAGAACGGAUUUACAAAAGAACUACGUGAACUUAGGGAACAUUUUAAACAACUGAACUAUUAUGAUUCCUCUAAAAGUUAUUAUGCCUUUAAAAUACUAUCCAAUCUUACUAUUUGGGCAAUAUCCUGUGCAAUAUUGGUAAAUUAUGGUCGAAGCCUGAUUGGAAUUUUAUCAUCUGCUGCUUUAAUGGGAUUAUUUUGGCAACAAUGUGGUUGGCUUGCCCAUGAUUUUCUUCAUCAUCAAGUAUUCGAGGAGAGAAAAUAUAACGAUCUAAUGGGUGCAUUUAUUGGUAGUGUUUGUCAAGGAUUUACACCAAGUUGGUGGAAGGAUAAGCAUAAUACUCAUCAUGCUGCACCCAAUGUGCACGGACAAGAUCCAGAUAUUAAUACCCAUCCACUUCUCUCUUGGUCUGAAUAUGCGCUGACUGAUAUGUUUGAUCCAGAAUUCACAGAAAAAUUUAUCAAAUCGAGCGGAGUUUCGCCGACCACUGCGCGCUUCUUGGUCAAAUACCAAACAUUAUUAUAUUUCCCGAUACUAACAUUUGCGCGGCUCUCUUGGUUAAUACAAAGCUUCGUAUUUGUCCUCCCCGACGGACAAGAUGGCAAAUCUGUGAAAAUGCCCGUGGCAACAGCAGAGAAAAUCGGACUGGGCAUUCAUUACGCUUGGGUGGGUGCUUUGAUAUGGUACAUACCCACCAUUUCAUUCGCUAUUACUUUCUUCUUCUCUUCACAAAUGAUAUGCGGAAUAUUGCUGGCGUUGGUGUUCUCGUUAAAUCAUAAUGGAAUGCGAGUAUUGACAGAAGAAGAAUCGCAGAAUAUGGAUUUCUUUGAGGAACAGGUGAUCACUGGGCGUGAUGUGAUAUCUGCAAUUCCUGCAUAUCAGUGGUGGAUCGAUUGGUUCACCGGUGGAUUGAAUUAUCAGAUUGAACACCAUCUCUUUCCAUCUAUUCCAAGACAUCAUUUCCAUAAAAUACAGCCGACAAUUGAGAACCUUUGCAUAAAAUACAAAAUAUCUUAUCAUAGAACAACCUUUUGGGCAGGGACCUGGGAG